AUGAGACUUUGGUGCGAAAUUGCUGUUCGAAUUUUAUGGAGAAGAAUUAAAAAAUUCGAAACUUUACUUGCAUGUCUUCCAAAUGAAUCCGAAGCUACGUUAAUUGUGAAUGACUUAAAAGCAUAUUUACAAACACUUCGACUCGAGGAUAGUUUAUUUGAAGACAAUAAAAGCAACAUUCAAUUGGAAACAAAAAGAAUGGAAGGAACAAUUAUUUUUAUUACCAAUUCUGGCGAAUUUAUAGAUGA